GCAGUCGUUGGAGUUGGAAUUGGGGUUGAAGAGGUUCUGCGACCAUCAAGGACGGCGUGGUGGUUCCAGUGGUUUCGUUGGAGGUGGAGGGACGGACACAGCCUGGUGAGGGAGAGUGAGUGAGGGUUGCCUUGGCCGAGGCAAGCAAGUGAGGCUGUGAAGGACUGAUCUGCAGGAUGCGGCGGACUUUGGAGGAGGAGAAGAAGAAUUACAAUAAUAAUAAUUGAUAAUGAUAUCGAUGGUGGGAAGAGACUUUCGUCUUUGCAGUCUCUCCUCUAGAGCCCUUUGAUGGUGUUCGCUUUGAGCAAAGAAGGCCACGAGCUUGGCGGCGAGGGGUUGGUCGAGGCGCAGAUAGGGAACACCAGGAAAGGGGAUUAAUCUGGCAACAAUACUCUCCUUUCGCAAUCUGUACGGGCUUUUAUUAUGGGUUUAUUUUUUGUUGGUUUACUAUGGAUAUUUUUCUUCUCAGUCACUCUGCAGUCAUGGACGUUGCAGGGCCACGAUGCGACCGCACACGGUAAAGUACUGUCAGUCCUGAAGAGACAUGCCCCUCGAAUCCAUGGGCCCCGUCCGUCCUCAGUGCAUGCCCCAUGGAAGAACAAUGCCAUGUGCUCUUUAUGUGCUGAAAUCCCCCUUCCUCCACGCCAUCCUCUGCCGUCUCGGACAUCAUCAUCUUGCCGAGUCCUGUCCCCAGUGCCCCGGUACAGUCCAUCGGUAUCAAAGGAGUCGAGUGAAAAGUCCUGACUCCUGGCACGCGGAUCGCCACUGCAGCAUCAUUGGAAAUCUGUGCACUCACUGGAGCUCUUCAGCCCCCAGCAGCCCAACUCGGAGUUGGGCUCUCCCUCAGGACGCCCGCCUGUGAUUGGUGGAUUGCAGAGGGGACCCCUCCAGUCCCCUGUUUCUUUGACGGGAGGAUCCUCGAUAAUCACGUUGGCGGCUGUUUCAAACGUGACUUGGAAUCAUGAAGCCGGGUGGUUGUGCUCACACGAGGCAGACUCUGCUCGCAUUCCGCAUUGUCCCCUGUGGUCCUUCAGGACUCUGCCUACAAUCAUCAUAACACCGUGUGAGUUCUUUCGGAGAAUUCAUAUGUAUACAGAGCAUAUAUACUCCGUAGCCCACCUUGUUGGGUUGGAAGUCAGGUUUAUUUC